AAUUCACUAUAAAAGAAUGUCUUCAUUUUCUACUAGCAGUCUAGGUUCUAGAAGCGGUGGGCUUGUACCCUAGCUUAUACCUCGCUCGCAGGGAGGACAAACAGAAGCAACCCAUGGCGACUGCUUCAUCCUCCGCAUCUACAGAUCCCAAACUCGACCUAAUCAAGCAGAUAAGAACCCAUGAAGUUGCAAUAGCAGAGCUCAGUAAUCUUUCUCCUUCACGGACUGUCUACCAGAGAAAUGGGCACUUAUUUUUCCGCACAACUAUUCAAAAAGCAAAAUCAUCCGAGGAAAAACAAUUUGAUCUGGCAAAAGCUAAGCUAGAAAAGCUGAAUUCCCAGUGAUUAUACUCGGCCUAUGUGGCUAUGUUGGUUUCAACUUUCAUGACUACAUUUGCUGCCUUAGAUGCACCACCACCUAUUCCCAGGUGUGAUGAUAAAGUUCAGGGAUUUUCUGCACGAUUGGAGCCUUUCAUUUGUUACCUACAAGUCCGAAGAAUGAGGCUUGAAAUUUUCAGGUGAAACUCUUCUUCAAGAUUACCUGUCUAUUGUUGGUUUAAUGCAACAAGCAAAGGUGGAGUGAGACUUGAACAUUUCCCCUUUUUAAUGAGUAAAUGCAAUGAAACUUAUCUUUCAACCUUUUCUCA